ACUGACUGGGCUGGUAAAACCCACAACCCAAUGCCGGCAAGGAGAACAAUUCAUUAAUCUGUCCCGCUUCAGUGUAUUCUCAAGCAUAAUGAGGGAAAGGUGGUGUUUCGCAAUGGAUCGGAUCGUUUUGGUUGCGCUAGUAGCGGGAUGUUUGCUGGUAGCGGUCGCUGCACAGGCGGACUACAUCCAACAAGAGCAAUGUGUUACCGCCAGCAACAGAGCAGGCUACUGUAUGACGAAGGCAGAAUGUCCCGAUCAGGAGCAAGUGGAUCUACGGGCGGCAACUUGCAGCGAUGCUACGCAUUACUGUUGUCCGGACCGGAACGAGCAGCUGCCGUCGAGGAACAGACCGAAGCUGCUCACCCAGUGCGACAGUAACAGAGGGUACUGCGUAAAAGGUGACGCGUGCAGCGUGCGUACCUUCCGCUUGCGUUCGAACAGAUGUCCUGCGUACGAGGAGGUUUGCUGUCCGAAAAGUGCGUUUGCGGAGGAGUUCCACGCAACGCAGGUAGCGAAACACGACCUAUCGAUGGAUGCGACUACCAGUACUACUUCUACUACGACGACUACUACGACGACGUCUACUACUACAACUACUACUACUACUACUACUACUCCAAAUCCUGUUGAUGAAUCAGAUCAAAUCUUGGAGAUACAAGCAAGCACUACACCCGUGUCGGCUACUACUGCAAAUUCAUUGGGAACAUCACUCGAUGCACAGAGCAGUGAAGGCACUGGGGCCUCCGAACCUACGAAACUCCCGCUUCCCCUCCGUCCGAUCACUCCCGAUCAACAGACGGUGGAGUCUACCGAUGUGACGAAUGCCACCGAUUCUAACGAGAAUUCGGCAACACCGACUACCAACACCUCGGAUGCACAACUCGACCUCACCUCAUCUGCCGAAUCCAACGACAUCGUUACAUCAAUAAUCGAUACUGCGUUAGUGGAUGAUAAUUCCCUGCAAGAAACGGACACAACCACCAUCCCUGUCAUAUCACCAAACGCCGCCCAUCCACCGCAAACUCCUGCCCUAAUGGCUCAAUUCACCCCGGAAAGCUUCUCCUACCAGGACUGCGGCCAGCUCAAUCUGAACGGUGUCGUGGAACGCACGAUCAAUGAAGAUUUUCGUGCAGAAUAUGGCGAGUUCCCGUGGAUGGUGGCACUGUUCCAGCUGCCGGAGCAGCGCUACUGCUGCAAUGGGGCACUGAUCGACCCGAAAGCCAUCCUAACAACGGCACACUGUGUGACGAACUGUGGUGGCCGUGCGGCUAACAUUAUGGUACGGUUCGGUGAGUGGAACAUGAGCUCGACGCAUGAAAUGGCAAUUUCACGUGAGGAUAUUGGAGUGAAAAGCGUUCACCAACAUCCCCGAUACAGCCCUUCUGCCCUUCUUAACAACAUUGCCGUGCUGGAGCUAGCCCAAUCGGUACAAUAUCAAGCGACGAUACAACCGGUGUGUCUGCCGUCGGCCAACCAACCACUUCGGGCGAUGGAGAACAUGAUCGCCACAGGCUGGGGCAGAGCGAUGGAAGAGAACGCACCACCGACGCAGAUAUUGAAACGGCUCGAUCUACAGCGCAUGGAACCGAGCAUUUGUCGGGAGGCGCUGAGACGGGUGCGGCGACCGUAUCCCUUCAUACUGGACAACAGCUUCGUAUGCAGCACCACCAACCAUGGCGACCAGGAAAGACCUUGUGAUGGAGAUGCCGGUGCUCCGGUUGUGGUGGAACUACCCGGGACGACUAAUCGAUACUACCUGCACGGGCUGGUAUCGUGGGGAUAUGGUUGCCAUCAGAAGCAGAUACCUUAUACCGUGCUGACAAAGGUGGUCCAUUUCCGGGAGUGGAUCGAUCGUAUCGUUUUAGGCUUUAAAAAGAAGGUCAAAAAGGGACACUCCAAACAGCGUGACUAGUGUCGUCCUCGUGGUGGUGGAACAUUCUUUACAAGUUAGUUGCGCUCAACUUCAAUAAAAACGUACAACAUUUUCCAUAAACA